CUUGCAUUCCACAGCUCUCUUUUUCAGCCUCGUAAAGUAGGCUGAGGAGUGUCCUCCUCGAAUAAACUUCACAUUCGACCUAAGGAAUCGCACUAAGACCAUAGACAUGGCUGCUCAACAGCCACGGGCAGGCCUGUCCUUAUACGCCAACCUUCUCGAGCCUGAAGGCGACUCGUCUACUUCCAUAUCCCGAGGUCCGGUAGUGUCCCAAGAAGCGCUCGAUGCAGUGAAAGAGCAAGAGGCUUCAAAGAAGCCUAUCGACUCUGCUCUUCGCUUUCAGCCGCAUCCACAGAUUCGCCGUCCCCAGCCGAAAACCCAGAGGCCUAAAGCCAGCUUCCCAAAAGCUCCCACUCUUCCCAAUACCUCCAAUGUCGCCGGCGCUGGCGCAGCUCCGACUCCAGCGAAGAGUAGGCUAGCCGACUGGGCACCUACCGAAGAAGAUGAAUAUAUGUAUGCGAAUGUCGAGAAGAGAGCACGAGGUGGGCGUAAGAAGAAGAAGAAAAAGGCUGAGGAUGUGCCCAUUGAGACGGACUGGGAUGAGAUAUAUGACCCUUCGAGACCUACAAAUGUAGACGAGUACCUACGAAGCGAGGAGCGGAUACGUGAGGUACGAGAAUGGAAGGAUCUACUCUACAAACAUAAGCGGCGCGACGACGAUGACGACGAGAGACGUGGUAGCUGGGAUAGCGAAGAGGAAGACUCGGCGCCAGUACAAAAUCAAUUCGCGCCGCCAGAUUCCUACUCUUUCGCACCACCACCGCCCUCACCCCCGCGAGCUUCGUUGCCGGACGACAAGACCGGUGACGAUGCCUAUGCGCGCCGUUUAGCCAUGUCUCAAGGCAACAUACCUCCGCCUCCGCGUUCGCCAACACCGCCGCCACCUCCACCGUCAAUACCUCCUGAACCAGAGGUCGCAACGAUAUCCCGCGCGCCAGUGCGUUACACGCAACCGGAGCCGCCUGCGCCACCUGACCCAGACGCCAUGGACGAAGACGAGGAUGAAUACGUCCCCCCCGAGCCCGACUCCGAAGAAGCUCCCGAGCAGCGUGGCGGUCGAUCUCGCGAGAAAGGCUUUGCCGCACGUCUCAUGGCCAAAUACGGAUGGUCGAAGGGUCAAGGCCUAGGUGCUGAGUCCAGCGGUAUCCUACAGCCACUGCGCGUCGAGGUGGAGAAGCGAAAGAAGAAGUCAGAUGCAGAAGGUGGCGGAUGGGCCGGGCCCGGUGGACGCGGUCGCAUCAUCGGCUCCAAGACUGGGGCAGCGCCCCAAGCCGAGAGCAGCGUCGGCUCCAUGAGUAACGUCGUUGUUUUGCGGAAUAUGUUAGAGGGUAUGGAAGAUCUCCAGGCCGAAAUAGAGUCUGGGUUGGGACAAGAGAUCGGCGAAGAGUGCGGUGAUAAGUACGGCCGCGUCGAGAGGCUGUACAUCGACAUCGAAGGCCGGCGGGUAUAUAUCAAGUUCACCGACCAAGUAUCCGCCUUAAGAGCAGUAAACGCCCUAGACGGCCGUAUAUUCGCCGGCAACACCAUCCAGCCUCAGUUCUACGACGUGGACAAGUUCGAGCAGAGGAUCUACGAGUAAUUAUAUUUAGAUUAUGAACUAUCCCAAUGGAGUGAGUGUCCAAGACGGUGAAGAGGAGCUCAAGGACCCGUAUUAGCUUAUUAGAAAGCUACCCGCAAUAGUAUCCAAAGGUUACAAACUUGAUGCCAUGUAAAUCUACCUUACAUUACUCCCCGUGAUAGGAGUAAUUCUCGAAACUGAAGCACGGGUAUAAAAUAGAACUAG